AUGGAUGCAGCUCCUUUGCACAUUGCAAUGUAUCCAUGGUUUGCUAUGGGGCACCUUACCCCGUUUCUACACCUUGCAAACAAGUUAGCCAAAAGGGGACACAAAAUCUCCUUUUUCAUACCAAAAAGAACACAAGCCAAGUUACAAAACCUUAACCUUCACCCAUGUCUCAUAACCUUUGUUCCUAUCAAUGUUCCUCAUGUUGAUGGUCUUCCUAAUGAUGCAGAGACAACUUCAGAUGUUCACUCCUCUUUGUUCCCACUUAUUGCCGCUGCCAUGGAUCACACAGAGAAAGAUAUUGAACUUCUCCUCCUUGAGCUUAAACCACAUAUUGUUUUGUUUGAUUUUGCCACAUACUGGCUUCCAAACAUUGCUCGUAGGAUAGGGAUCAAGUCUCUUCAGUACUAUAUUAUUAGUCCUGCAACAGUAGGAUACAUGGCAUCUCCAGCUAGAGAAAAAGAUGAUGAUAUGAAGAAACCACCUUCUGGUUUCCCUGAUUCAUGCAUCAAGUUUCAUGCUCAUGAACUUCGAUUCCUUGCUGCAUCAAGGAAACUUGAGUUUGGUAAUGGUGUUCUUUUGUAUGAUCGUAUCUCAAUUGGUGCAAAUUUGUCAGAUGCUAUUGGAUUCAAAGGUUGCAGAGAAAUUGAAGGGCCUUAUGUGGAUUAUCUUGAAACACAGUUUGGUAAGCCUGUUAUGCUUUCUGGGCCUCUUGUGCCAGAACCAUCAAACUCUACUUUGGAGGAAAAAUGGGGUGAAUGGCUUGGAGGAUUCAAGGCUGGCUCAGUGGUUUAUUGUGCAUUUGGAAGUGAAAACACAUUACAGAAAAAUCAAUUGCAAGAGUUGUUACUGGGUCUUGAGCUAUCAGGAGUUCCAUUUCUUGCAGCACUUAAGCCCCCUAUUGAGGAUGCUCUUCCAAAAGGGUUCCAAGAAAGGGUUGAAGGAAAAGGGGUUGUAUAUGGAGGGUGGGUGCAGCAACAAUUGAUUUUGGCACACCCUUCUGUUGGGUGCUUUAUAACACACUGUGGUGCUGCUUCUCUAACUGAGGCACUUGUGAAUGAGUGCCAAUUGGUGUUGCUGCCACGCCUUGGUUCAGAUUUUAUCAUUAAUGCAAGAAACAUGAGUGGAAAACUGAGGGUAGGUGUUGAGGUGGCGAAAGGUGAAGAUGAUGGGUGGUUCACAAAGGAAAGUGUGUGUAAAGCUGUGAAGAUUGUGAUGGAUGAUGAGAAUGAGCUUGGCAGAGAAGUCAGAGCAAAUCAUAGCAAAGUGAGGAACCUCUUACUAAGCAAGAAUUUUGAGCCAUCUUGUGUUGACGCUUUCUGUCAUAGUCUUCAGGAUUUACUCUAUAAGUAA